CUCCUGCGUGACAAACGACUUCACGACCACUUGUUGGGUAGCAUUUUCCUCAACCGAAUCAGAAUGCGCCACACAUGCCAAUGAACAUGUGUGGGGUGCCACGAGAAGUGUGGAGAAUACGGACUUCGACCAACUUCACAUAUUGAUUAGGAACAUCUGAUAUUGCUGUUUUUUAGAUAGCGGUUCUUACACCAGGACUUUUUCUUCAUUUUCUGCUGAAAGCCCCCCCUGAAGAGUGGUGGUAAACAAUCUCUCUUUCACGGUUAAACACUCAAACCAUGCGGACUGCACUUGACACGAAUAAUGGCUUCCGACCCGCUCGUCGGCGGACAUUCUCGAUUGCAGCCGUGUUCGACAAGAAGAAAGAAGACUCGUCAAGCUCAGGUGGUCUACAAGAAGCAAGCAAAGCCGCAUCGAUCAUUGAAUCAAGCCCAGUGCCCACCAGUCCGACAGAGAACACAGCAGGCGAACAUGGAGAAAUGAUGCAUAAACAAAAUGCUCCGGACACUCCUCCAGCCUCUCCCCAAUCCUCCUUCUCGAGCGGACGAAGCGAGCAACUUGCGGCACAAACGAGGCAGCAGAGACACCGGCCUCAAACACCAAUGGACUUUACGUUCCAGUCGAUGGGGUUCGGCUUGGGCAAUAGUCGUGCAUCAAUUGAUGAUGUUCGAACUCAGCUUGCAGCAGUGAGAGACGAGCUCAAGUCGUUGCAGGAGAAGCUCGAAGUACAGGAUUUAGAAAUCAAGGGCAUCAGGACUCGCCUCGAUCAGAUGAUGGAGAGAUAUGAAGAAGCUAUUCUGGAUGCUGAGAAGACGACCAAGGAAAAGGACAACCUGAAAGAUCAGGUGCAGAGACUGAGGAGUGCAUGGACAGCUGAGAGAGAGGCGCGAAAGGAACUGGAGGAAGAAAUUGAAUCUAGACUAGACAAGGAAAGGCAGCUGCAAGCGAGGAUCAGGAGGAUGAGCGCUCAAGAUUCAUUGAGUGUGCUAGCAAGGGCAAGGAGACCAGCUGGUGAUGGCGACCAGAGACCCAGAGUGAUGGAAAGGAGCAGAAGAGGUACGGUCAACGGAUCAAGCUUGAGAGGUAGCUAUCCUUUCAACCAGUCGUCGCCGAGGGAGUUGGAACUAUAGGACUGAUUGACUAGCUUGGGACAAUUUUUCCAAAAGUAUGAAUAAAAUUGGCACAACUUCUGAGAUGGAGAAUCUGAUGCUCGUCUUCUGGACAUUAUGAGACUCGUUCUCAUUCAUAUGUUUUGGCAUAUUUCCCUGCUGCAGUCUCGCCCGUACAAAUGACAGCGUCCUGAGACGAAAUGGCUACCAUCCAUUAGACAAGAGUCCAAGUAUUAAGGUCUGCCGCCACGAGAUAUAAAGUUCUGGUUACU